ACCAGCGCCCCACUCUCCUCCAUGGAGAUCCACCCAUCCUGGGGGGCCCUCCCCCAGCUGCAGGUCUGGGAGUCCUGGGGCAUCCCCAGGGGAAACUGGGGAAACAGCUGAGCUUUGAGCACCCAGGAGUGGUGCGUUCUACCAGGCGGGGAGACAGACAGAACACGGGCCAGUCAGCCCGUGGUGGAAAGAGGGGGCUGGGAAAGAGAGGAGUGGGUGAGCUGGGGCCGGGGGAAAGCUGGCCCUCCUUCCCACUCCGCCAGAGUCUCUGAUCCUGAGCUAUCUGUGCUGGGCAGGUGCAGUCCAGGGCCAGAGAGGAAGCGAAGCCUCCUGGUCCAUGAAGGGAGAAGGCUUGGUCCCUGGCCGGUAGUCCCCCGCCUCCACCGGCUCCCGUGCCGUGCCAGGAGGACCCUGCUGCUCUGAUACUCAGCAGCCCCCAGAGGAGAGUGCACCCACGAGGACCUCUUUGCCCCAGCUGUGCAACCCCAGCCAGAUGUGGGGGGCAGCUGCCCAGAGGCAUGCCCCCCAUCCUGCCACGCUGCCCGCACCUCCUCCUGCUUCUGCUGCUGGCCUGCCAGCCGCAGGCCCCCUCCGCUCAGGUGAUGGACUUCCUGUUUGAGAAGUGGAAGCUCUAUGGCGACCAGUGUCUCCACAACCUGAGCCUUCUGCCCCCCCCAACUGAGCUGGUCUGUAAUAGAACCUUUGACAAAUAUUCCUGCUGGCCGGACACCCCUCCCAACACCACAGCCAACAUCUCCUGCCCCUGGUACCUGCCCUGGCACCACAAAGUGCAGCACCGCCUCGUCUUCAAGAGAUGUGGGCCUGAUGGGCAGUGGGUACGUGGGCCGCGGGGGCAGCCAUGGCGAAAUGCCUCCCAGUGCCAGAUGGACGACAAGGAGCUUGAGGUCCAGAAGGAGGUGGCCAAGAUGUACAGCAGCUUCCAGGUGAUGUACACCGUGGGCUACUCCCUGUCCCUGGGGGCCCUGCUCCUAGCCCUGGCCAUCCUGCUAGGCCUCAGCAAGCUGCACUGCACCCGAAACUACAUCCACGUGAACCUGUUCGCGUCCUUUGUGCUCAAGGCCAGCUCUGUGCUGGUCAUCGACACGCUGCUCAAGACCCGCUACAGCCAGAGGAUUGGGGACGACCUCAGCGUGAGCAUCUGGCUGAGUGACGGGGCAGUGGCCGGCUGCCGGGUGGCCGCGGUGUUCAUGCAGUACGGCGUCGUGGCCAACUACUGCUGGCUGCUGGUGGAGGGCGUGUACUUGCACAGCCUGCUGGGCUUCGCCACCAUCCCUGAAAGGAGCUGCUUCCCCCUCUACCUGGGCAUCGGCUGGGGUGCCCCCAUGCUGUUCGUCACCCCCUGGGUGGUGGUCAAGUGUCUGUUUGAGAACAUCCAGUGCUGGACCAGUAAUGACAACAUGGGCUUCUGGUGGAUCCUGCGCUUCCCCGUCUUCCUGGCCAUCCUGAUCAACUUCUUCAUCUUCAUCCGCAUCCUUCACCUCCUGGUGGCCAAGCUGCGAGCCCAUCAGAUGCGCUAUACUGACUACAAAUUCCGGCUGGCCAAAUCCACGCUGACCCUCAUCCCCCUGUUGGGGGUCCACGAGGUGGUGUUUGCCUUUGUGACCGACGAGCAUGCCCAGGGCACCCUGCGCUCCGCCAAGCUCUUCUUCGACCUCUUCCUCAGCUCCUUCCAGGGCCUGCUGGUGGCUGUUCUCUACUGUUUCCUCAACAAGGAGGUGCAGUCGGAGUUGCUGCGGCGCUGGCACCGCUGGCGCGAGGGCAAAGCACUGCAGGAGGAGCGCCAUGUCGGCAGCCACACGGCCAGGCCCACUGGUGGCCCCCCCAGUGAGAAGCUGCUGCUCUCGAGGGGCGGUGGCAGCAACAGGACUAGCCAGGACCCCUCUGCGGAGACCCACUUGGCUGGCGGCCUCCCUGGAUUGGCUGAGAACCCCUUCUGAAGCCCCCUGGAACACCAGCUGUCACUGGACUCAGGUGCCCAGAGAGGGCAUCACUGGACAAUCCAGAACCGAUGCCCAAUGGAGGCGAGAGCGUGGGAGCCAGACAGCGCCCCGCUGUCCACAUGUUCCCCAGUGUGGUGGUCUGAGGGGCACCUGCUCUGUGCCGAGGGGUGGGGCAGGGGGUGUGGCGGGGAAGCUGUUCUGUGAAUGCAUGCCCGUGUGUCCCCGUGUGUGUCAGUGUGUCUGAGUUAGAGAAGACAUGUGUCCUCCAACAAUAAAGAGCUCUGUGCUCA